CUGUACUCGCCCUGCACCUGCGGCUCUCCCUCUGGGAGUUACGUGCUCCGAAAAUGCUUAUCAGGGGGAAGGCUCGUCCCUGACGUCGAGUACAGCCAAGUACAGCUAACCAAGUCGACGAGGCAGGCAGGCGCCCUGUCGAGGACGGUGCAAAUUCCGAGUUCUCGCGCGUACGGCGACAGGCGGUGCGGCCCGGCGACGAGGAUCACCCACCCCCGAGGUGCGCCGACAUAAUCGUCCCCGAAACGUCGGAAUCGCCGCCGCGGACGAGGAGGAACGCUGCGAUCCUGCGACCCGAGCGACGGGGGAGUGCGCUAUUUGGUAUGCGGCGGCUCUUUGUCGCCGUGGGAAACUCCGGCGGAUUCGUCUCGCGUGACUCGCGUCGCGUCGCGUGCCGCAGAUAGUCCGGAGUCCGGACGUCCCGAGGAAGGUUAUGUCGUCGGCGUAGCGCCGUCGAGCGGACGAUCCACGAUCGCCGUCACCCGGCUGCCGCUACCCGCCUUCCUUCCGGUCUCGGGGAUCCUGCUCCGCGAGCGAGCGAUGAGAUUUUUCGUCGCCCGGUGACAUUCCCCACCCGCGUGGCGUGGCGACAGCAGGUGUGUCCCCUCGGGUCUACGGAUGUGUGCUCGGGCACCCCACCACCGAGCCCGAGCCACCGACGACGUCGAGAGCAGCUCUCCGGUCUCCCCAUCAUCUCGGCAUCGCGGUUUCGUCGUCGGCGAGACGGUAGCGGUGAUGCGCGCUAUCGGGCCGAAAACAACCUAAUCGGGGGCCCCGAUGACUGUCGACCACACGGAUUACCACAAGAGAAAAAGGAUGAGUGCCUCACUACCGUCACUUCAGCCAAAUAGUCAAAGCUUGGAAAGGCAGAGACAUGUCAGGACAACGACGGAAAGACUGUACAACAGUCUUACCAAGAAAAGGAAAGAUCCGAAGCAAACAAACGUGGAAAGAAUGUGGAUAAACUACGAAGACUGCAAAGAUGACUUUUGGGCGGCUAUAAGACCUAAUUAUGAUUAUAUUAUGGAUACUAAUUUAAUCGAAACUUGCAAGGAAGCGAAUGGUGAACUGACCAGUGAACUAACAUGGGACGAAACGGACGUGUCGACGCAAUCGUGGAAUUUAAAGGAAGUCAGCAAUCAAUUUUCAGAGCUUUACUCGUGGUUAAGAUUUCUUCAAGAAGUGGUCUAUUCUAAGGAAGAAAAUCUUCUAGACAAAAGCCUGCGUGCAGCUCACAUGGAGGAGCUGCGACGCAAGGCUUACAGACGCAAAUUGUUCAAUGAGCAAGCGGAAAAAUUAAUUUCUCGCGCCCCUGCUUUGAAAGACGAAGUGGCGUGGCGUGUAGAUCACUUGAACGCAAAAUGGGAACUAGUUGAGCAAAUUAUGGCGCCCAUAGACCGACCAGUAUCUAGUCAACAAGAUAUAUCAGCGGACUUUGAACGGGAAGUGAAAUGUCUGAGAAAAUGGUUACGAGAAAUGGAAUCGCGUCUUCCACUUUUGAAACCUUCGAAUUUCUGCGUCAACUGGACUCUGCCGGAACUGGAGGAAAAAGCGCUGGAGCUCAUGGUACUCCAACGAGAUAUAGAGGCGCACAGGCGUAUCGUCAGAUCGGUUGCCAAAUUGGGAGACAAAGUUUUCGCGCAUCAGCAGCAACAGCAGCAGCAACAGGAGCAGGAACAGCAGCGAAAGAAGAAACAGCAAUCCUCGCCUUUGGGAAUAGUAACGUCAUUGGAGCUACAUUGGCAGCUUCUGUGUCUACGCGUCCUGGAGUGGCAGUGUCACAUUGAAAACCGCGUAUCUCAUAUAAGAAAUAAGAACGCCGUGUCUAACGGCUGCAGUAACGACAGCGACGAGGAACCAGUCACGAAACAGCCUCGUCUCAGCCGCGGACGAUCGCGCGGCUCCGGAGCGGAAUCGCCGGGACAGUCCGCUCGCUCGGCGCGCACCGAACGCGCGAAGCGCGUUGCCGGACGCCCGAGAUCCGAGCACCGCGAUCAUCCAGUCUCCAAUGAGAGGACCGAGCAGUCGGACAGCGACGCCUUUUCCGAGAAUCAAUCCGUCGGCGAAGGAUCGUAUUUCGAGGAUGAAUUGUGUCAGCUGGGUGUGAUGGACGCAAGGUCCGACGAACCGGCAAAACGAGAGGCCACCAGUUCCAUUACGUGUAUCGCGCGAGACCGCGGGGAAGAGGGUGACGUCGAGGAAAGCGGAGCGAGCGACAGCGAGCAACACGACAUGCCGCCCACACCGGACACCGUGCCGAUAACGACGUCGACGGCGGCGAUGCAGGGGACGUGCGACGAAAUCGACGCGGCAAGCACCGUGCAAAUCGAAAGUACAGAAAAAUCGAAUAACGGUCUGCGGACGAGCGAACUUGUGAAACGCGGGGCAACGGAUGAGGCUGCUUCGUUCAACAUGUCCGACAGAAAAUCGAAGAACUGCGCUACCUUCUACUUUAAGCAUUUGGACACCGACUCCGAGGCAGAUUGUAGUCAACUAGUCCAGGAAUCGUCCAACACAGUGGAGGAUUCCUCCGAGGAGGAGUGGACUUACACUCCUGCUCAUCGAAACAGCUCGUUUGUCGUUUCGGAGCAGCGAAGAACGAACGUUGUGGUUCGUCUGGAUUUUGACGAGCGUCCGCGGGUCGAUAUCUCAGAAAAAAUGCAUUUUGCGCAAAAAAUGAGUCUAGGUAACGAAAAAGAAACGGAACGUGACGACCGGGAAGCUCAGCAAAAAGAUAGCGACGAUGAAAAGAAGAAUGAUAAAUCAAGUAUCGAAAGGUUGAUCAAAGAAGUUGAAAACUUGAUCGGCGAAGAAAGACAUAAAGCCUCGCGCACUUUUCCGCAGUUAGAAUUCGAGGAGAAAAACAUAACGAACAAUCAUCGAGCUAAGUAUGCGCGCGUGAGAGAAUGGUUGAAGUUGAACGCGUCGAGAAGUUACGAGGGCAGAUCGCAGCCAUUAGAUAGCUGUGACGCCAGCGGUGAAUACACGACGGAGGAGUCCGAUGGAGAAAGACAAUCGAUAUCGUCAGAUGAUUUGCAGAGUAGCGUCGCGACCUACCGCCGAUUCGAAGGUGCUCUCGCGUGUAUAUCGCAAUCCCCUUCACAAGAGAUACUCGAUUGCGUCCAGAAAACGCCCGUCAACGAGCUAACUCCUGACGAGAGUACGCCGAAGGUCGUAAUGCGAUCGAGACAAAAAGCGAAAGGAUCUAGGCCGUGGAGCGUUUCUUGUAUCUCGCAAAUCGGAGAUAAUCCUACCUUAACUCAGAUAAACAAUCCCAUUUUACCAUUCUCCAUAUCGGAGACUGCGCUUCAUCAGUUGGUCGCGACCCCACCUACAAAAUCCGUAUCUUUCGAUGCUGCAGGAUCACGGAAGUCGUUUAAUAAUUCCGCAUCUACUUUAUUAGAAGAGACUCUUAUAUGUUCUGACGAUCGCGUAGCUAGAAAUAUAUCAUUCCGCAGAAAGAAAAAUAGAUUGCGUAAGAAGACUUUGGGCCGUAAGAGUGAAUCUAGUUCGGAAAGUGCGCACGCCAAUCAUCAUUCAGCGGGAAGCGAUGGCAGCUCGAAUCAGCAACGCUCGUCUCGCAAAAUGAACUUAAAUCGCACAACGCAUAUAGUUUCGAAAGAAAACUGCCAUAGUCGUUCCACGACUCUCGUUAAAUCUGGGUCUUUCUCAGGCUGUACCGUCCAUCAACAAUUACACGUAGAAAAGACGCUUGUCAAUAAUUCUACACCCCUCAGGUUACUUUGCUGCAAGUCAAUUGCUUCCACGUUGGAGACGGAAGGCGAGGAUCGUGAUUGUGCUCAAGGACACUUCGCUUACAAUAAUGAUAUAUUGAACACCACGCUGAAUAGCAAAGAGCUAGGCAAUCAGCAGUUGAAUAUAGACAGUGACGUAGAAAUGAACAGUCUCGGUAACAAUUCAUUAUCCGAACAGGCCUGGGAUAAUUAUGUGGAGAAAUAUAUGAGCGAACCUUACAGCGAGCCAUUAGAUGUAGAAACGGCUCGACGAUUGUUGGAUUUUGGAGAUGACUAUCGAAACUUUCUUGAUAGCCAGUCGGAAUGCGCAUCUAGUAUAAGCGCAAUUCCUGCUUGUUCGCCAUUGCCUAAGACUCGCACGUACCAUGAAAUCGAUUACAGUACGGAAGAUAGCGAUAAUGACGAGGAAGAUUUACGGAAAAUUGCGGAAAAUUCACAAGCGCAGCUUAUACUUGCUGAAAAUACUUUCGUAAGAUCCACUGGCGCAGUUCCUACAGAACUUGCCGAAGUGGAAUCUGCAUGUAAAGAAAACUUAGGAUGUUUGCAGACCGUGCUGGAAUCGCAAAACGGAUACUUGCGAAAUGAAAAAUAUUUGAAACAAAUUCGCGGUACGAUUGAGAGAUGGGAGAGCUUGGCAUCGCGAGUCAAGCAAGUGCAAAAGGCCAGCGCUCGUCAUCGCGAACUGGCUGCCAUGAAAGCAGAAUUCAAAGCCAUGUACGAUCGAUUUUCCGAUUACGAAGUCGUCCUGGAGCAGUCGAGCGUGCUCGAUGAUCGCAUUAAUGAGAUCACUGCCGACCUGGCUGUUCUGAAGGACCGCAAGACAGCGAUGCGCGACUUGAACGUUUUCGCGCACAAGCUGACCACCAAUCUCGGUGCCUCCGCGCCGUUAAUUUGCACAGCCCUCAAGGAUGGCAUGCCUGAGCUCUAUACGAUAUGGGGAGAGACGAAUCAAAAAGGUACUCAGCAGCUGUGCGUUUUACAAAUUAUGCAGCAGUUCGGUAUGCGCUUGGCCGAACUGCAGUCCGCCUUGCAAAGGGACAAGGAUACACUGGCGGAUGCGGAUAGGGACCUGAAAGAGGGUACGAAACCGACUUCGGAGAUCAUCUCUUGCGUUAAUCACGUCGCGCGACUUUUGUCCGAGAGACAAGACAUCAAUUGUCAGAACGAUGCGGUGUUGAACGAUGCAACGACGGAAGAGGUGCACUGCGGAAAGUUCGCCGGUAACUCCGCGAGCAAUCACACGCAGGAGGGUGGUUCGCUCUCCGACAGUGGAAUCUCCGAUAGCGGGAGCGAUCAGGAGCUGAGCGAGCGCGAGCAUAGAUUGGCCGCGCUACGGCGACUUACGCGUAGCUUGGAGACCCAGCUGGCACCGGACAGCGAGGCACUGACCGACCUCUGGAAGAAAAUCGAACACACCGAGACCGAGCUGCGCGAUUUGCGAAAGCAGUGCGAGGAGAUCGUCGUGCGUACCAUGGUGGCGGACGUACGUGCUGCCAAACGAACAGCCAGCAAGGUUCACUAUCCCGCAGACAAGCGCAAGAAAGCUAUCUGCGGCGUAGAUACAUCAAAAAGCGACGCGGAAUUGGUGCCGAUGACGAGAAGCAACGCCAAGGGCGACAACCCCGACGACAAGCCGAUAUCCUGGGCGGGAAUCCGGCGAAUCGCCAAGGUGGCAUUGUCCUUCUGUUUCGCAAUGACCGCCGUUUUCGUCGCCGUUUAUUUCUUCACGCCUCAGUGUUGCGAGACUGCGAACACGCAAAGUCGGUUCACGCUGCUGGUACGUUACCCUAGGGGGCCACCGCCGGUGUGAGCGGAUAAUACGGCAGGUAUAUACGAAAAAUAUCGACGCCAACGAUCGACUGAUUCUUGGCGAAAAAAUGGAUAAGAUGUGUAUAUCCGUUCCGAUACGCGCGUCGGGAAUCGUGAUUUAACGAUCGAGCCCGCGACGUAAGGCUGUCCGCGAAUUUUUAGCGAGCGCGCGGUAUUAUUAGACCGUUAAUUUUAAAUUGCCCGUUGAAUUCGGCAAUGCGUUCGAGGAGAUGAUUUGCCGGCGCUUGAGCGACUGAUUCUUUCACUGCCUGCGUAUAUCUUUAUUUUUGUUCCUUCAUCGUGUGCGAAAUUCGAUCGAUAGUCUGUAACUUUUAGCCACAAGUUAUCAUGACGUAAUAGAAAAAUGAUGAGUUUUAUAAUAUAUGGAAAUUGAAUAUUUCCAUAUUCUGAAUCAAUGCGUGUCUACUAUAUUUAUAUUUUUGAUAGAUUCGCGGUUGAGUAAUUGAUUAAAUUUAUAGUACAGAGACAAGUCUGGCAACGAAUCUCGAACGUCGCAGUUAAAAAUAUCCUGCUCUUCUAUUUUAGUAUUCGUGCAAGAACGAGAUGCAACGAGACGUAAUAUUGCAUUAUUGAUACAGUUAUUUUCUCAUUGUUCUAAAUUGCGCGCGCCAGCAGCCUAUGUUAUUGUUAAAGUGUAUAAAUGUUUAUUUAUAGAUAUAUAUAUAUACAUAUAUAUAUACAGAGAUCAUAUAUUAUAUAUUUUACUCAUUACAUAUACUAUUUUUCUUGGAGGACAAUGCUUAAUUUUCCUCCCGAUGGAUGUAAAAUCGGAAACCUAAAGUGGACUUUACAAUUUUUUGACGGACGGGAGUCCAUUUACAUCGAAUUUUACCGAGGAACGGUACUUGGAUUCCAUAUUGCUAAGCUUCCUGUUUGUUCCAAGUAUUUUCCCCGCAACGCUGCUUCUAAUAUUUUUGUUUCCGUAACAACGAAUAUUUUUUUCGAUAUCUUUUUCCCUAUAUCUCCGCAAAUGUAUGAAACAUACACAAGCUACAUCGGAUAUUUACGCUUCAAAGAUAUUAACCCUAGCCAGCCACACUUAUUUUCGAGUCACUAAUUCGCCACACUCCGGUCCGUGAGACCGUUCGACUUUUUCACAUUGUCAUUUUCAUUCUAAUUAAUAUUUUUAAGCUUAUACUAUAGAAAUUGGUAAUAUGGACUCUGAACGAGAUGUUUAUGAUAAUAUCAGGUCAAGAAAAUGAUUUAAAUUUAAACUGAACUUAUUAAAAGGAAACUAGAAAAUUAUGUUAUUAUGUAAAAACUAUAAAACCAAAAAACAUUUAGUGGUCUACUGGACUGGAGUGUUACGAGCUAGGGUUAAGUAUUAUGAAUUUUCGGAAAACGGCUUGUGCGAGCAAAUUUUCCUACACGUGCAUGGUGAUUUAUACACUGGCCUUAUAUAAAAAUGAUUGAUUUUAAAUACAGCAAUGGGAUUUAUCGGCUGUUCAUGCACUGUGAAUAAUAACAAAUAUAAUGUUGCACAUUAAUAAUUUGGAUGCAUGCGGAUAUGUAUACACUUUAGCACCUAUUGCAUGCAGUUAUAUCAUUCCCGAAAUAUUCUGCACCUCCAAUUUUCUCAUCUUGUGUCAUAUCAAGAACAUUUGAUAUCCAUAACAAUGUGCAUGCUAUUAACGAUACUUAUCUAGUGUCAUAUGUGAUUGGAAGCUGUAUUUAUAUAAAUAUGUUUUCUUUUAAUAUGGUUGAAAGUUUUAGAUUGUAAUGUAUUUUGACAGUUCUUUGAUCUUUCUCGCAUAUGAUCCUUUAACGAGAGAAAAAUACAUACAUGUCGUUUGAGACUAUUAACGACUCAUUAAUAUAAUUAGUCAGAAUUUCUCAUUGUAAAUAUUAUAUGUAUCGAUUUUUUUCGGGAUUUGUCUUUGAUAUUUGAAGACACUCGUAUUUGAAAGUGAAACAAUGGCUAAUAUAAAUAGACUUAAAGAGAAAUGGUAAGCAAAGUUUGUGCUAAGAGGCGAAAAUUAUUUUUCCAAAGAGAAAAAUAAUUUUUAAGAAACUUAAAAAAAAAUACCGAGCUUUUGAUAAGAGUGAUAUGUGGAUGCUGUAAUUUUUGUCGAAAUCUAUUUUGUAAAGUCUUUUUGAGAAAAUGUAUGAUAUACAAUGAGUGGUAAUGCGAGAAAUGCCUUAUGGUCAAUCAUUGAGAGCUUACAACUUGCUAACGAUGCUUACUGUGUAAGCGCUUGAGCGUAACGACUCCGAUUCAUGCUUAUGCAGAUCUUAAGCUUCUCAUGAGAGAGGCGAUAUUGUCGGUAAGUCCAUCUGGCAUUUUGCGGACUACAUAGAGAUAGCGAAACACAAUCUGUGUGUAGAUAGAAUAAUUACAACUGUGUAAAGUAACGGUGGUUUAAUAUCGUUUUGACACAUAGAACUUUGUGAAUAAUACCACGGUAAGGUAAAAUACCAUGCCCGAGAAAUUCCACGGGGAAAUAUAGCAAUAUUACAGAAACGUGUCUUUUUGGGAUUGCUAACUAUAUUAAAUUACCGUCACUUUACACUGUUGAUUUUGUGAAUUUUUACUUUAUAUUGCGAAAGAUCUAGCACGUCGACCUGCAUGAAUGGUAGUAUGGUCGCCGACAGCACAUUUUUUUUUUUUACGUAAGUACCAUGUGCUACGAAUAGCGAAUGUUUAUUAGACAGAGUUUUGUUAUACGAUUGAAAAAUCAAAGUAUUUACAGUGAUGCUUAGACUCGAUAGGGAGAUGAGCUGCACUAAAUAGAGAUAUAGUUCUAUUCAGUAUCGAUAUCUCUCGAUGAGAAACUCGCGUGAGCCGAGUAUAAUUUUCAAAUUCGAUGCACUAGCUGCAUCGAUGAAAAUAAUGGAUAAAGAGAAGCCUUAUAUAUACUUUAUUGUAAAGUAUACUGUAUUAAAGAGAAAGAGAAAAGAAAAAGAGUUGACAAGAUAAUUAAAGACGGUACUUUUGCCGUCUUGUGUCGCAUCAAUGAAUCACAAACACAGAUGGCGACUAUCUCGAAUAACGAAUGUUGAAAAGAUCACGAAUGUGAGAGAAGUUAUAUACGAUGAAUGCGUCGAGCUGAAUGUCGCGAUUUUUUUUAUCGCAAUCGACGCAUAUAAAAAAGUUGCAAGGAAUGUAGUUUUAAUUGAAAGUGGAGAUAUACAAUUUCAGUCUUUCCACGAGCUUGACUAUUGUCUUCGCUAUAACGGACGUUGAUGUUAUCAGUUUAAUACAGUCUUUCAUUACGCCGUAAUGAAGCUGUGUUAAGCAAAAGAAGCUCUUAUUUUGACAUCAAUCAAUUAUAAGAGUGUAAUUAGAUACUGAGAUAGCGAUCGGAGAAAUGAUUCCUACAGCCUAACAUGAACGGGAACAUAUCUUUCGCUAUUUUUCCUCUACAAAUUUUGAUUGAAUUUUAAUUAAAAAUUUUGAUUAAAUUUAGCAGCAAGAGUGACUGAUUUUUUUUUAAUUAACGUAAAUCAUUUGAUCAUCUUUUAUUUAGGCGUAACUUACAUAAAAAAAUUUUUGCUCGUUAUUAUUUUAACAUCAACUAGAGAACGAGUAUUGAGUGAGAAUUUAUUGGAUGAUUAUCCAAUAAUAAAGUACAUACGUACUUACGAUUUAUCGUAUAAGAGAAUGGCAGUUAUUUAAUUGCCCGUUAUUAGACGGACGAACGUCCAUGGCAUCGAAUACUUUUCGAUAAAAUAUAUCAAUAUGACAAUCGCUAUAUAUCACAAUGGAAUUGUUUGAUGAAAUAAAGAUCUCUGACUUAACGAGAACGAUAAUGAAACUCAAUAAUCAUUAAUCAAGCGUGUCUUUGCGCUUACUUUAGGCGAUAAUGGCGAUCUAAUGUGGAGACUUACGCAUAUUAUAUUCAUAUGACUGUAGUGUUAUGAAAUAACGGACUAGCACACAGAACUUUUUACAACGUGUUACUUAAAAUACUAUUGAAAUCUUUUGUCUCGUAUCGUUUGAACGUGAAGGAGUUAAAUAAUAUCAUCAGGAAAUAUUCCUUGAGAUAAGAAAGCGUAAGAAAAUUUCGUGAAUUGAAAGGCAACGCCUUUCAUUGCAACAAUAACUAUUUUAAGUAACGCACUUCAAGUAUAUACCUUACUUUCGUUUCGCGAAAACGCGACACGAUUUUCAAUCUGCCUUAUACGAAAUAAUAAUAACGUGUAUAAAGUACCUGAAAAAUCAAAACGCUACUUAUAAUACCUAUUCUAUGUUAUCUCAUGCACGCGGUUGAAGGAAUACUUGGUAAUAUUGUAACGAUCGUGUCACGCUUAUCAUUUUACUGAAUAUAUUCAUCUAUAUCGUAUAGAUUAUUAAAUAUAUAUGCAUGUAUCUUUUUCAUUAUUAUCAAAGGGAGUCGUAUGGUAUUACGAUGCUCUAUAAAAAAAAAAGAAUUAAAAAAAAAUGUUCAGUUCGAUAAGUGCGAACAAAGUAUUACGAUAUUCGGUAUCUUCGAAGACCAUCGUUUAGCUCUUUGCAAUACCAAUGCAUUUUUUAACCAUUUAUUUCAAUCAAAUCAAAUUUAAAUAACUAAAUAAAUUUAAAAAAAAAAAAGAUUAAAAUAACGAAAAAGGAUGGCGAAGUUGAUCGUUACAUAUUAGGAAUUGCAUCUGUAAGAAACGAUGGUUUUGAAAGCCGCUAAAGUUACGACAGUUAUGUUAGCGAUAAUAUUCCUAGCAGUGUAGAUGUGUAGCAACGCUUCUACUUGAGACACGAGUGAGACCACCUAUUCAGUAGAGAAUAUCAGCUAUAACUGAGAGAACAGGGUAUAUACGUAAAGGUUAAAAGUAUUUAGUAUUCAUUUGUAUUACUCGUCUGUAUCGUGUUUGACGCUCAAAUGGAAGCGGUGAACGCAAUUUAUUAUACGCUAAUAAUUAUAUUUUAAUCACGUUUCGUGAGCUAUCUCAUAAUGUUUAUUAAAUUCUUCUUUCGAAGGUCGAUAUAAGCUCCGCAAUUUCGACUGAAAUUUUAUUGUCAGUGACAACAAGACUGUCGCGGUUUUCAGCAAACUGCAAUACUUUUUUUUCUCAACUUCUCAAAUGGAAAAUUUUCACUUUCAGCAUUCUUUUGAAUAUUGCUCACGUAAAAGUGAAGCGCGUAAAUAGCGUUACUUUACAAUUACCGGAGAUUCAAAUCGUUUUCACUUCGUGUAUAGACGUUACUACGUUUAUACAUCACGAUACAAUCGCCAAAUUGGUUUGCUCAACUCACCGUGUGAUUACCUCGGUGGCGCACCGACUUUCAGAUUUUCAUUGCACUUUACUGUAUCAAAACGAAUCGCUGGACGGUUGUGAAGUAACGUCCGAACGAUUAUUAACGAUACUUUUUUUUCACGACUUGAAGUAUUAUACUACGCUGAAGUAUUAUACUAAGUAAUACAUUUUAGACAUUUCAAAUAAACUCUGCAUUUUUGUUCAGAGAAA